AUGGUGGAAUUCUUGGCAGAUCACCCAGUAGAAGGAGAUGUGAUAGUGGAGUACCUAUUCCCAGAUAAAGAUAUUCUUCAAGUGGAAGAGGAAACAUGGAUGAUGUACUUUGACGGAGCAUCUAAUCAGUACGGUUACAGGAUAGGUGUAUUGCUGAUGGCACCUGAUGAUUCCCAUAUACCCCUAGCGAUCAAAGUCCGGUUCAAAGUGUCUAAUAACAAAGCAGAACAUGAGGCGUGUAUUGCUAGUUUAGAAGCCACCCUAGAACUAAGGACAAUAGGGUUGGAUGUUAUUGGAGACUCGAAUUUGAACAACAGGUUCACUGAUGCUUUGGCAAUUCUAUCUUCUAUGGUAGACAUUCCGUUGGGAGUAAAGAUUCGUUCGGUUAUUAUCGAACAGAAAUACAUGCCGACCUAUGAGACCAUUGCCAUAAUAGAUGAAGUUCAAGACAAAAACCCCUGGUAUUACGAUAUUUGGAACUUUCUGGAAAAGGAGACGUACCCACUAAGGCCAAAUGCCAAGGACAAACGGGGAAUACAACGUCUGGCCAUCCAAUUUAUCAUCUCUAGAAAUAAGCUAUACAAAAGAGGUCAUCUGGAAAUGCACAAGCUAUGUGUGGAGGAAGAGGAAUCGAACCGUCUCAUGGAGGCUAUCCACGGAGGAGAAUGUGGGGCACACAUGAAUAGUGUGAUGCUAGCGAUGCCAUAA